AUGGUUGAUGUUCAUGUAGACAAUUUGAUGACUGAUAAUGUGAAAGGAAGUGGAUUUGUUGAUUGUAGUAAUACAGAGCAUGAGCUGGAACAAGAGAAAAUUAAUCAUGUUCAUUAUAUUGAUAAUGGCAAGUCCAAUACCAUGGAUUGGAAUAGAAUUUCCCAGAUAUACUGCUGCGUAUAUUAUUACAAUGAUUAUGCAAAAAUAAAAGGAUUCAGUGUCCGCAUAAGCUUAGGUAAUUACUCUAGGAAAGAAGGAAAAGAACUCAUAUCAAAGAAAUUUGUAUGUAAUAAGGAGGGCCAAAAAUCUACAAAUGAUAAGAGAGAACAUGGAAAAAUAGUUAAGCGUCGAAGAGAUACUAGAGUAGGUUGCAAGGUGAUGUUGGCGGUCAAUCGAAUUGAUAAAGGUACAUGGAUAGUGAGCAAACUUGUUAAUGAGCAUACAAAUCACGAGUUGACUAGUCCAGAUAAGGUUAAGAAUCAUUAUUCACAUCGAAAGUUACAUCGAACAAAAGGUUGUCGAAGUCUGAUUGGUAGUUUGCAUGAAGAAGGGCUUCCGCCACCUACAAUUUCACGAGUAAUAAAUGUUGGUAGUGGGAGUCAAGAGGAAAUCGUCACACCGCAAUAA